AUGGGCCAGCUAUAUUUUGACGCCCUGGUCGUCGGCGCCGGGUUCGGAGGCAUCUACCAGCUCCACAAACUGCUUUCUCUCGGGCUCUCCGUUAAGGUCAUCGACUUUGCCAGCGAUGUGGGCGGCACCUGGUACUGGAACCGCUACCCCGGGGCCAUGAGUGACACAGAAAGCUAUGUGUACCGAUACUCGUGGGAUAAAGACGAUCUUCAGACUUACCCAUGGAGUCACCACUACGUAAAGCAACCUGACGUUCUCGCUUAUUUGGAACACGUCGUCGACAAAUACGAUCUCAGGAAGCAUAUGCAAUUCGAUACGGAGAUGGUAGCUGCAGACUGGGAUGACGAGGCCGGUGUGUGGCGGGUCGAGGUUAGCACGGGCGAGGUCUUCGUCGUGAAAUACCUUGUUACUGCCCUAGGCUUGCUCUCGAAAGCGAAUUAUCCCGACAUUCCUGGCAUCCAGGAUUUUCGCGGUGAGAUGUGCCACACUGCCAAAUGGAACCCAGACCUGGAUCUCACGAACAAGCGAGUUGCCGUUAUCGGGUGCGGGUCGACUGGUGUGCAAGUCAUCACAGAUGUUGCGAAGAAGGUCAAGACCCUCACUUGUUUCCAACGGCAUCCCCAGUACUCCGUGCCUAGUGGCGAUGGCCCCGUGAGUGAUGAGUAUCGACGAUACGUCAAUGCACAUUACCCCGAGAUCAUGAAGCAGGUCCGCAACUCGGUGUGCGGCUUUGGCUUCGUCGAAUCGACCACCCCAUUCCACGCAGUGCCUCCUGAAGAGCGCGAAAAGAUUUUCGAAGCACUGUGGCAAAAGGGCAAUGGCUUUCGUUUCAUGUUUGGUGGAUUCAGCGAUAUCGCCACCGAUCGCCAGGCUAACGAGGCUGCCUGCACAUUUAUCCGCAAGAAGAUUGCCCAGAUAGUUCGAGAUCCCCAAAAGGCGAAGAAGUUGAUGCCCCAUGAUUAUUACGCCAGGAGGCCGUUGUGCGAUGGUGGAUAUUACGAGCAGUUCAACCGGGACAACGUUGAGAUUGUCGAUGUUAACGAGACGCCCAUUACAAAGAUCACCGCGGAUGGCAUCCAGGUGAGUGACGGGACGGUCCAUAAACUGGACGUCAUUAUCUUCGCCACAGGUUUCGAUGCCAUCGACGGAAACUACAAUCGUCUACGGAUACGAGGCCGACACGGCAAGACGUUGAAGGAGCAUUGGGAUCCCCGCGGCCCGACUAGCUAUCUGGGUGUCUUCGUACCAGGAUUUCCCAACCUGUGCAUGAUCACCGGACCCCAAGGCCCGUUCAGCAACAUCCCCCCGGCCAUUGAGCUCCAUGUCGAACUCAUCUCGCAAAUGAUUGAGCGUGCCGAAGAGGACCGACGACGGAGCGGUGGCCGCCAGGAGCACAAGAGCGUCAUCGAAGCUCUCCCCGAAGCCGAGGAGGAGUGGCUCCAGCAGUGCGAGCAGGCAGCUGAAGGGAGUCUGUUCAAGGAGACCGCGUCGUGGAUCUUUGGCAAUAAUGUCAAGGGCAAGAAAGUCGCGCUGCGGUUCUUCUUUGGAGGACUGGCCAAAUACCGCGAGGCCGUGCAAGCCAUGGUCGACGACGGGUACCGUGGAUUCAGGCUUCUCGGGGAGGGGGAGGAGGAGGGGGAGAAGGAGAGAGAUCAAGUCACAGCUCCCACCGGCUCGAUCGAACAAAAGCCCGUGCCUCUGAGUACGGUCACGAGCGUCGUUUCCGAGUUGGUUGAGGCUCGAAACUAG